UCGCACAUUAACGCUUAACAAUUUCUAUCAAGUGUUUGUGCAACAAAAUCUGAAGUUCUUCGAAUAAACUUUCAACUUUUGAGUUAGGAAAAAAAAAAUUGUGUAAAUAAGCGUAAAUCGCAAAACAGUGUUGCCCAUUCACGCAUUCACCAAAAUCCAAUUAACAACGCUUAUCACACCAAAGUCAAUGUCUUCCUCUGAGGCUGAAGUCGACAUCAGCGUGGUGUCCAGCCCCGAACCCAGUCCGGCCGGUUGUGGGAAUGGCCGCGACACACCCUUGCGUUCCGCCUCGCCGGCGCCCUCCAACGGCAGCACACCGACCACUACAUCAACGCCAACCACAGCCGCCGGCACACCCACAUCCAGUUCACACUUCCACAGCCCGACCACCACAGCGCUGGCCGCCGUGCCGCCAACGGUGCUGCACCAUCACCUUCAGCAUCACUUAAGUAGUCUGAGCGGUCAUCCGGUGGCGUUGCAUCAUGCUCUCCACAGUUUCGGCCAUCUGCAUCCAGCGCAUCCUGCCUACCCGGCGCACCAGCAAUUGCUGCAACAUGCGGCGGUCACACCGACACCUGGUCAACUGGCAAUGGUCUCAGCGGCGGUGGAUCGGCUUAGUCCGCCCACUAUGGCUGCCGUGGCGCCACACUCGCCCGAACGCAAUGGCGGCGAUGAGGUUACCUCGCUGACAUGCAGCAACAACAACAAUAAUAAUAAUAACAAUAACAAUAAUAGUAAGCUGUUCAAUCACAACAACAAUAGCGACAGUAAUGGCAGCAGUCAGAAUAUGGCGCUGGGUCGCGGUGAGACGAGUAACGGCUGUGGUGCGGCGGGCGGUAAUGGCAAGGUGACAACGGGCAAUGGUUUUACAAGUUUCUCUAUAUCGAGCAUCCUCAGUCGCGGUGAGCCAACUAAAAAGAGUGGCUGUGGCCAUAAUGGGCAAACGUUAAUCACACCGAUACCACAGCUGCCACAACCGGGCGCCGGUGGACCACAGGAUGCGGCAAUGCUUUCGAGAUUGGGUUUCAUCUCACAAUGGGGCGCUUUAGCUGGUCGUUACGCAGCCUUGUGUCCUCCAGGCUGGCCGUGGGCACCGCAACGUAUGCCUUUUCACAGUCCCACACAUGAUAGUUCCUCCACUAACACAACGGAGAAUCCCUCCUCGCCUACAUCGCUGAGUCCAAAUCAUAUUGGGAACAAUAAUAGUAGCAACAACCACGGCAGCGGUGGCAACAAUGGCAAUAACAAUGGCACCAAAUCGCCUUCACCACAUGGUUACAGUCACAACCAACAACAGCAUCCACAUUCGGCACAUCCGCACCAACCCGUAACGCCCACUAGCAGUAGCGGCGGCAGUGCCGGACAUCCGCAUCUUAGCCAUCACAGUUCACAUUCGAACUCCAGCUACUUGCUGCCCAGCAGCUCUAACGAGUCGGACGACGAUGGUGAAGAGAUCAUCGAAGAGGACGAUGGCAAUGAUGGUCCAUCGGAUGGCUCCUCACCGCAGGGCGGCGAUGGAAAUCAAACGAAACGCAAGAAGAAGACACGCACCGUUUUCUCGCGUGCACAAGUCUUUCAGUUAGAGUCUACAUUCGAUCUGAAACGCUACCUCAGCUCAUCGGAGCGCGCCGGUUUGGCUGCUUCAUUGCGUCUAACCGAAACACAAGUGAAAAUUUGGUUUCAAAACCGUCGCAACAAAUGGAAACGCCAAUUGGCGGCCGAAUUGGAGGCAGCCAAUAUGGCAAAUAUGGCACACGCAGCACAGCGUUUAGUGCGCGUGCCAGUGCUCUAUCACGACGGCUCUGGCACGGGAUUUGUGCCGCCACCACCGCCACACCAUCAUCCUAUGCAAUACUAUGCGGCAGCAGCAGCGCGUAACACAAGCCCGCCACGUCCGCCACUUUCGUCGCUGGUAUAGGGUGUGGGGUGCCUGGCGGCCGCGGUGGGAUCCAACUGCGGCGGUCCCAUUUCACUAUUGAAGUCACCGUAUACCAACCACGUACCUUCAACGCCUACACCGACGCCACCAUCGACACACGACAUGGACGAUUCGGAUGCGGAGGAGGAGGACGCAAUCGAUGUGGAGGCUAAUGAGGAUGAAGAAGAGUUGCGUGAAAUGAAAGUGCCGUCGGCAAAUGGCAAUGCAGAGUCGAUUGGCGGCAUAGCUGGUGGUGGUGGUGGCGGUGGCGGCGUUAGUAUGCGGAAGACGACACCAUUCGAGUUGUUGGCGAAAAGUGUCAACUGCCUGGAGAUGCACAACAGUACCGGUGGCAAGGAGCUGAGUGCCAAUAGCGUUGGUGGCGUUAGUACGUAGGGUGUUGAAAUAAUCGUAGCAGCGCACAAGGCAUACGAAAUGAAGUGGCGUCAGUCAGUGUGCUUCCGAUGCGACAGCAAGACUCCCAAAAGUGUUGUAAAUUUUUAUCGAAGUCAUAGUGCCACAAAGUGAAAAUUUGCAGCGGAGAAGAAAAAGAAAAAUUGGUUUCACAAACAAAGAAUUUCGUUAGAUGCAGAGUAUAUAUGGAAUAUAUAUAUAAAUAUAUACAAACUCAUGUAACGAGAAUAGCGUUAAAAAGUACACAAAAGCGCGAUGUAAAUACUUGUACAAUAUAGAGUAGAAUUGGAAAUCAGGACAUCUCUUUAAUAAAAUAUUUAUAAAUGUAAGCUACAGAUAGUAAUCAAUGUUCAAAUGUGUAGGUUUCCGAUAUACGUUAUAAAAACUGUCAAAUAAAAGUAAUGAAUAUUAGAAAAAUAAUAAUUUUCCUUUGUAAAAAAUACUUGCUUUGCCCACUUCUUCUUCUUCUUCUGCAUAAUGCAUGUAAAUGUGUAAAUAAAAGUUGGCGUUCUAAGUCUCUUUGCUCAAUAUUUGCGC